UCGGACCACUACGUGCAAUUUAGCGGUCAGAGCGAGAGCGCUUUCGCUUCUCGCUCUACUCUCAACUGAACUCGCUUUCUGCGCGGUGGUGCUCGCACUGCUGAGCCGCAAACGAUGCCAAAGAUGGAAAAAGGGAGGCCACCGGAAAACAAGCGCAGCAGGAAGCCGGCUCAUCCCGUCAAAAGAGAGGUCAGCCAAGAGAUGAAGAGCUUCGCAGAGAGCACGAUGAAUGAAUUGCUUGGUUGGUACGGUUAUGACAAAGUGGACCUACAAGAUGCAGAAGCCUCUGACACCAGGAAUUUCUCCAGCAGAGCAAGACGCCACCACUUGUCUGUGCUUAAAGAGAAUUCCGAUCCGAAGUCUAGUGCAGUGGAGAGUAAAGUUUCAUCCUCUUCGACUGUGUCUGCUAAAAAUGGAUUGAGAGAAUCCACUUGCUUUCCUCUCUCUCCUUCAUCAUUUUCAUCCUUCCCUCACACAAAGGACUUGCACAGCACACAUGUGGUAGUGCCGCUCAUCAAGCCGCCUACAGUGGAAGAGCAGCAGAAUAUUCAAAUAGUAUGUGUGUGGUGUCAGAAGGAGGGACUGAAGCGCUACUCUCUGAUCAUGGGCUCUGAGCUGAAGAGCUUCUGCAGUGAAAAGUGCUUUGCCAUGUGUCGCCGAGCCUACUUCAAACGCAACAAGGUACGAGAUGAAGAUCAGCACAGUGACCAGUCUCCUCUAUCUCCUGGACAGAUAGCGGAAACCCCUCCUCGGCUUAUGCUUAAGAUGAGCAGCAACACACGAGUAUGUGACUGGUGCAAGCAUGUGCGUCACACUAAGUAUCUGGACUUUGGUGCAGGUGAAGAAAGGCUUCAGUUCUGCAGCACGAAGUGCCUUAACCAGUACAAGAUGGAUAUAUUCUACCGGGAAGCCCGGGCUGCUCUCACCACCACCAGUGCUGACUCCAGUCCUAGCCACCUAGACAAGGAGAGCCAACCAGCCACUGGAGAGAGUCAAACUCUUCUCACGCCAGAGUCCUGGGACAACCCUUCCCUGGAGGGAGAAAGAAAAACUCCAUCACCUAAAGAAGCACCUACACCAGUGAUGUCUUCAGCAGCAUCUGUGUUAAGCUCCUCAUUGUCUACCUUGGUGAAGGCACCUGUCCCAGGCCAGCAUCAGAAAGAGCAGGAGAUAUUGGGUUCUUCACAGCUCCAUAAUGGACAGCCUGCUCCUUGCCUUGCUGUAGACCAACCACGGGUGCUUCAGGACCCUCCCUCUUUGUUUCGGCCGCCCCUCCAUGCCCAAGGUCUCCACAGCACCAUUCAUCAGCCACCUCAUAACCCUACUUCCAGCCCAGUCCAGAGACCCCUACAUCCAUCUCCACAAUUACAGGCACCCCCUAUUAUUUCACUGCCCCCGCCACGCCCCUUCCACCCAUAUAUAGGGUCGGUCCUGCCCUUUGCACCCAUGUACCCUCACACUGUUCCUCCACUUGUUCCAUCUUUGGGCCUCCCAUGUACUCAACCUACUGUUCUGGUGCCAUACCCAAUUAUCGUUCCACUCCCUGUGCCUGUGCCUAUACCCAUACCUAUACUUCUCAACUCGGGGGUUUCGGGUCAUGCAAGUGUCAUUCGGAACUGUGAGGAGAAAGGGAAAAGGGGGCCAGAAACCACGUUGAUCAUUUCUGGAGAUUUAGUGAAAGAGAAGAUGCCUGAGCAUACCGAGAUCAACCACCACAGUUUAGUUGAGCACAGAAUAAAAACUGAAGAGUCUCCAUCUCCUCCAGACUCUUGUUCUUUCCCUUUUUCAUCUUUAACUUUGCAUAGCCCAUCUGCUCAUCUGGAGCUCAUUGCCUCUCCUCCCCUAUCAGCAGCUCAUGUUGCAGAGGACAGGGACGAAGGUAGGAAGCGGCAGGUGAUCCAAAGAGUGGUCCACAGACACCCACUGAAGCAGGAGCCUGAAGGAGCCCAGGUUGGGCUUGUGCAGAGAGAGGCUGAAGAAGGGCCUGGCUGGAGUACCCUUGAGGGGGAAGAUGAUUCAAUUGCAAAAAAAUCACCUAAUCAUAGCACAGGCACUUUAGCAUUAACCACAGUGCAUAGCUCAGCCCUUGCGCAUGUAUCUUUGCCAACACAAGCUCUAACUACUUCAUUUGUUCUACGAAAAGCACUCAACCCCUAUAGCAGCAAUAUGGCCUCUGUAGUCACUCCUACAGUCUCCAUGUUACUGAGCAACACAGUAGUCAAACCAGUCUCGGUUCCCUCCUCAUUCUCAUCAGCCAGCUUGCCCUCCUUUCAGGCCACCUCAGUGACAACUGACAGACCUAACACACCCUCUGAAAACAGAACAAACUCUGGGCAAAUUCAAGUCCCUCCUAACCCUGAGCCUGAAAAAAAAAUUUGUGAAAGAGGGGAUGUGAAAGAGAACUUCUCAGAAGGCCAGGAAUCUAACUUAAAGUGCUCCUGCCCAGAGGAGCAAACAGACUGCCAAACAGACCAGUCAGAGGAUAGCAGGUCAGAGCCCAGUGAAGGCGACACUCUUGCGACUGAUGAAGAACACACUUAUGCACGAUGCAUCCCACCAAAAUUACGAGAGAAGGGUGUACACACAAUCACACUAACAGCAGCACGUACACUUUCUCACACAAUUGUGCACACUUGGAACAGGAGUUCACACGCAGUUCCAUACAACAUUGAACAUAGUAACGUGCGUCAGGAUGCAGAACCAGCUUUCAAGAGGAGAUGCUUAAGCAUCAGAGAUCAGAAAAGUGAAGCCCAGACAUGCACACUCACAAAAUGUUUGUGGAAUGAACAUGCUCGAGUGCAGUGAGAUAGUCUUGAGCUGGUGAAGUGAGAUAAAAAUGAAGAUGUUUCCUGUGGUGCUGAAACUGAGCAAGGCUACCAAGAAACGUCUACUGAUGACCCCAUAUCCAGAAUCAUUGUGUUUACACGAACCCCUGCUCAAGUGAGAUACCUGCAUACUCGUGAACUAGGCAGUGGAGACGCUUGCUGUCAACAACUCAAUAUGAACAAGAGCAUAUUAUCAGCCUUUGUGUGGUCCAUUUAGACAGACUUCAGCUCUCUUGGGCUCAUUGUUUGCAAAGGCCUUUCUGCCAAUAUAUUAUGUAUGUGUAUGUGAGUUAUCUGACACACCACCUAUCAAGCACAAUUUUCACUGUGCAUAUCAGAAAAAGGACACGCUCCUGUGCAUUUAUAAUGCAGCCAAUUAACUGGACAGUGGCAAUAUUAAUUUAGACUCCUACUCCUGCACAUUAAAAAUGAAGAGAAACUGACUACUGAUGUUAGAGUGGCUUUCAACUAAUUUUUCAAAAUUUCUGCAAAAUUUGGUGAUUGAGAUGUAUACAGUCAUUCAGAGUGGUUUGAUGUGAACUUAUCAACUCAGAAUUCUUAAUAGGAAUUGAUUUUUGAUAGGAACUAGCUAACCAUAACCCUAGACUCUCUUUUCUCUAGACUCUGAUUUCUUUACAGCCGUGGUGAUGAAUACCAGGGAUUGUGAUGUCUACAAUGCAAAUAUAGCCAUUUCAUUUACAAUUAAAAACCACCAGUGUACCCAGAUGUGUCUUCUGAGUUUUUAAAUGUAAUGUUAAUAAUGGUGGAUAACAGUGGUAACAGCUUUAUUCUGGGACUAUUUUGC